UUUUUAAAAAAAAAAAAAAAGACAUUAUUUUUUUCUCCGGCUUGCUUUACUUUGCUUUGGUUAUUCUUUCGUUCUCUCUAAAAUUUGAGGACUUACUCCUUCGUCCUCUACUUCCUCCUCGCAGUAGAACUAGUAGUUGUCCAAAAAUGGUUGUGGACGACAUUCCCCAAGAACCAAACGAUACCGAAAAGAUCAAUCUCUGGAAUUUCCACAGAACCCAUUUCACAGAAUCGUCCAUGGUGGUGAUCCGAGACUCUCUCCCCAAAAACGAAUUCUCUGUUUUCCCUCCAACAAAUCAUGAAAAUCUACACUUUACUGAAGAACAAGAAGACCCAUUCUCACCACCACCUCAAUCGUCUACCUUGUCGUUUUCUUCAUCUUUGUCUUCGUCGUUCUCGCCGUCCGAUUCAGAUGCAUCUGACCCGGAAUCACCGCUGGCGUCUGAUUCGAGGAUCAAAAUAUCCGGAGACUCCACCUGCUGGAUGGGAAUAGGAUUUGGGGUGUUACUUUCGAAGCUUCGCCGGUUUGCUUCUUCUGCGUUUGGGGGCAAUGGCGCCAUGAGAUGGUGUGCUUGGUCGUUUGCCUCCGGUGCCGGAAUUGCAGCUGUUGUGGUGAUGUUGUGGUCGUUUAUAAUCCGGGCUCGGCUCCGGCGGCGUCAGGAGAAUUUGAUGUUGAUUAUUAAGAAGAAAGACGAGAAAAUAAAUAAACUGUUGCAUCAAAUUGCUCAGUUGAAUGAGGUACUGAUAGCCCGCCACAAACUUCUGGCUUCAAAAGUGGCCAAUUGAUUGUUAGUCUUACUGAAAAGUUAGCCUUAGUAGUCAAGGGAGCACAGUUUUGGACUUGGUGUCACUGUCUGUAUGAGUCACUUUUAGAAGGCAUUACGAGGCCUAUGAUAUAGACUCACCAAUAUUCCUGUCAUCCUCAAGUCUCAAUAAAGGCAUUGGCAACAGCCUUUGUUGCUAUUAAGACAAAAGCACACGGUCAAAUUACCAUAUGACUGCCAACUUGAGCUCUGCGAAUACUCUGCAAUGGAAGAUUACGCCUGAGCAAGGGAUCAGCACAGGACCCAAUGAUUUAGGACAUACUAGAACUAAAUUAUUUUUAUCAAAUAUUCUUUUAUUUUUUUCGGUCAUGUAGACUUGUUUGAUACAUUAUUCAGGUUCAUGGUUUGGGUUUUGUAAGUUUGUGUUAUACCCAUUGUAAUUCCUCAUGUGCACCAAGAUUUGUUUCUUAUACCCGAAUUUUGCAAAGAAAAGAUGAUAAAAGCUUAAACUAA